AUGGCAUUCAUACCCAAAAACUAUAUUGACAAAGCAGAAGAUAUUUCAGAACUGGUCGUUAAAAAUUGUAACGCUUACUUACCAACAGCUUCUCGGUUAUGUUUGAUAUCAACAUUUAUAGAAGAUGGCCUACGAAUGUAUUUUCAAUGGUCAGAACAGAGCAGAUACAUGGACAUGUCUUGGAAUUGUGGAAUGUUUUUAGCUACAGUUUUUGUUCUUAUUAAUUUAGUUGGACAGUUGGGUGGAUGUAUACUUAUUUUACUACAAAAACACGUUCGAAUAGCUUGCGGAAUAUUAUUCUUUAUAGUUGUAUUGCAAACGGUAGCAUACAGCAUUUUAUGGGAUUUUCAUUUUUUGUUAAGAAAUUUUGCCUUAAUUGGAGCAUUAUUAUUAGUUCUUGCUGAUAGUGAAGUAGAGUCAAAGUCUCUUUUGGCUGGUAUUCCAUCAUUGGGAGAAAACAAACAAAAAAAUUAUAUGCAACUGACGGGAAGAUGCUUGAUUGCAUUUAUGUUCAUUACAUUAUUAAAAUAUGAAUUAUCAUUUUUCCAGCUGGUUCAAGACGUUUUAGGAACUAUUAUGAUGGUAUUAGUUUUCAUUGGUUACAAAACUAAACUUAGUGCUUUAGUGCUUGUUUUGUUUUUAACAAGUUUAAAUUUCUAUUAUAAUGCUUGGUGGACAAUACCUGAAACAAAACCUCUCCGUGAUUUUCUAAAAUAUGACUUCUUCCAAACACUUUCGGUGAUUGGAGGCUUAUUAAUGAUCGUACUCAGAGGACCUGGCGGAGUCUCAAUGGAUGAACAUAAAAAAAAUUGGUAA